GACUGUCACUCUGCUCCAAGUUCCCCUGUUUCUGAGGAGCUGGAAGCAAUUAAAGCUCGAGUCAGGGAGAUGGAGGAAGAAGCUGAGAAGCUAAAAGAGCUGCAGAACGAGGAGGAGAAGAAGAUGAAUAUGAGUCCACCUCCGGGCAAUGCUGGUCCAGUGAUCAUGUCUAUCGAAGAGAAGAUGGAGGCUGAUGCCCGAUCCAUCUAUGUUGGCAAUGUGGACUAUGGUGCAACAGCAGAAGAGCUGGAAGCACACUUUCAUGGCUGUGGUUCAGUCAACCAUGUUACCAUACUCUGUGACAAAUUUAGUGGCCAUCCCAAAGGGUUUGCAUAUAUAGAGUUCUCAGACAAAGAGUCAGUGAGGACUUCCCUCACCUUAGAUGAAUCCCUAUUUAGAGGAAGACAAAUCAAGGUAAUCCCAAAACGAACCAACAGACCAGGGAUCAGUACAACAGACCGGGGUUUCCCACGAGCCCGAUACCGUGCCCAGACCACCAACUACAACAGUUCCCGAGCUCGAUUCUACAGUGGUUUUAACAGCAGGCCCCGGGGUCAUGUCUACAGGGGCCGGGCUAGAGAGACUUCAUGGUAUUCCCCUUACUAAAAAAAGUGUGUAUUAGGAGGAGAGAGAGGAAAAAAAAGGGAAAGAAGGGAAAAAAA